GCUCCCAGUCGAACGCAUUUUCACUUUUCCUCCGGGCGGGAAAAGUUGUCGUGUGGCUUGUGUGGCACUUCAGUCAGGGACACCAUUCACUGGACUUGGUGUGCUCUGAGUGAGGGAACCUGAAAUUAUUAAUCGCCUCCUUUUGGUGACGGUUACACUUUUUUGCAUCGUCCUUCAGUUUUAAAGAUCUUCGGUCCUUUGAUGUAACCAAGGAGUGUCCCCGGGUGCGUCAACGGAUUUUUUUUGUCUGUUAUGUUCAAUUUUGUGCCACUUAAGAAAACAACCUUCCGGUUUCCGAACCAAAAUUGAUGGCUGCCUUUUAGGUGCCAACCAGAAGAAGCAAGAACAUUCCGCGUCUACCUUGAAGCGAAAGGAUGUGAAAUUUAAUUUCUCCUCCCGAAAAAAAAAUUAACCAACAGUAUUUUCAACAUUUAUCUUUCCUUCAUUUUUUGUUUCGCGGUUUCGUGUAGGCACUUGAUGAAAGGAUCUUUGCAAAAAUUACGAUUAUGUGGUGAAAUAAUAAUCGCGGUGAAAGAGGAGAUUAACUUCUUCCGGUUUGCGGUGCGUUGCUGGCUGGAAACGUGAAAUUCGCGUGUGUUGUGUGAAUUCGCCUAUUGAAAUUUGCUGCUGCUGCGGCGGCUUUUUGAGAGUGUGGGCUAGCGCUGAUAUGGAAUAAUAAUAUGUUCCCGAAGAGGAUUUUUGAUUAAACGGACGUCCUCCCUGUUACAUGGUGAAACUUCCCCCAGGACGGGCUUCAAGACAGUGCAAAGUUAAAUUAACUUUUUUCUUAAACAGCUUCGUUUCUGCCGUCGGGAUAAGUUUCAUCAGGAAGGAACAUCAGCUUUAAGAAAGCAGCCAGCAAUAUUUACAUCAGCAGCCAAACGUUCUCGAGAUGUGCCGUAGUACUUUUGCCGCUGAUGUCAACAACGAUCGUAGCCAACGAAGUUACCGGACAAGAAGCUGUUUUUUUCUCACCGGUUCCGGCAAAAAAAAUUUAGAGAUGUAUUCCAUUCGCGCAAUCAUCGCAUAUAAACUUAUGAGAAAAAAUGGCAUACAUCAAAGAAAGCUAAUAAAUGGCUAAUAAAGGCACAGAGAUUAACAGAAGGUCUUCUACCAGAAACACACUCACAUAAAGCCAGGCUAAGAAACCAGACCCGAUUACAAACGUGGCCAAAAUCCAGAAGACAUCGGGAACAUUUGUUCCGAACGUGAAAAACGACCCUUGUCAUCGAGACACUUUUCCGGCGAGCAAAAACUAUGACCCUCGGGCGAUGGCACAGCAUUUCCGCCUCCUCGAUUGGCGCUGCUGGCCGUUCUCCGAUGGCUUCACCGAUUGGCAGCAGCCGCAGCUUAAUGAAAGCAAAUUUAUUCAUUGCCAUCUACCGAAUCAUCUUCAGUUCCUUUAGCAGCGCUGUGUUCGGAAUCGGGACGUCGUUCCUCUGGGUGGCUGCCCCUCCCGGUGGACCCGGAUCUUCCACGGUGGAGUGCGCCAUUCUUCGGCUGACCCAAAGCAACAAUCACGGGAACAUUUCCGAGCUAUUGGAUAACCUAUUGCGGGGAUACGACAACAGCAUACGGCCGGAUUUUGGAGGGCCUCCAGCCAUAAUCGAGGUGGACAUCAUGGUGCGAAGUAUGGGACCCAUAUCUGAAGUGGACAUGACCUACUCGAUGGAUUGUUACUUCCGGCAGUCGUGGGUAGAUCGUCGGCUAGCGUUUAGCGGAACCCAGAAAACGCUGGCGCUCAGCAUAUCGAUGUUGGGCCGGAUUUGGAAACCGGAUACGUACUUCUACAAUGGCAAGCAGAGCUACCUUCAUACCAUCACGACACCGAACAAAUUCGUGCGACUAAAACAGGACGGACGAGUGCUUUACUCGAGUCGACUAACCAUCAAAGCUGGCUGCCCGAUGAAUUUGGCGGACUUCCCGAUGGACAUCCAGCGGUGCCCACUUAAAUUUGGAUCCUUUGGCUACACCUCCAAUGAUGUGAUGUACCGGUGGAACGGAAAUCGGUCUGCGGUAACCAUUGCCGAGGACAUGAAGCUGUCCCAGUUCGAUCUGGUAGACUGUCCGGCGGGAAACGUUACAGAUCGGGUGGUCCACAGCACCGCAUCGGUUGGGGCAACCAGCUUGAACAAUCUGGACGACAUCGAGGGCGGGGAUCCGGGCACGCGAUUGUAUGUGUCGGAAUACUCUAUGCUGCUGGUUAGCUUUCACCUUCAACGCCACAUGGGUAACUUCCUGAUCCAAGUCUACGGGCCCUGCGUACUGCUGGUAGUUCUAUCAUGGGUUUCCUUCUGGCUCAACCGAGAAGCCACUGCCGAUCGAGUAUCCCUGGGAAUAACCACGGUCCUCACCAUGACCUUCCUGGGAUUGGAAGCGCGCACCGAUCUACCGAAAGUUCCUUACCCAACGGCGUUGGAUUUUUUCGUAUUCCUGUCGUUUGCAUUUAUUUUCGCCACGAUCAUACAGUUUGCGGUGGUCCAUUACUUCACCAAGUAUGGUUCCGGCGAGUGUUACUUCAGUGCCGACGAAUUGACCUCCAGCUCUGACGAGGACAGCGAUUUGGAAUGUACCGGCAAUGGGGACGGUUCCAGGUUGCAAUCGAUUAAGAUUUCUUCGGGCUCCAAGCGUUGCUCGGCGGUCACCUCGAUCAGUGGUCUCGGAGGGAUCGAUUCCAAGGUGGUCGAGGUGAUCCCACUAUCGAUGUGCUCAAUUCCUGCCACACCUGUGAGAAGGUCUUCAAAAAGCUCAUGGGCAGAUCUUUCCUGUUUCGGAGGAGGAAACAGUCCGGACAUUCCUAACUUUGCGAGCUCGUCCUUUUCGACGCCUGUUGUCGCUACCAAGCGCAGUUCCUUAUCGGGAGGUUCAACAAUCGCCGGAACUGGUUCGCUACAUCAGCGUCGCCGAAGGCGCAAAAAACGAACUCCACGGUUCAACUCCGUGUCCAAAAUAGAUCGGGCUUCCCGGAUCUUCUUUCCAUUGCUGUUCCUGGCGAUCAAUGUGUUCUAUUGGGUUUCGUAUCUGUCUAGAAGUACACGACUGCCUCAGCAGCGGAUUUAAAAUCGUAGCAUCAACCAUUUACGGGGAAAAGAGCAAGUGUUCACCAGUCCAGGUCUGCCCAACGGGACAGAGAACUGACCUUAAAGGACAAAAUCCUACCAAAUUUGAGGAAAUACAAACAAAACACUUUCACGACAAGUAUACUAGCUCAUAGAGUAGCGGAAAACAAUAGAAGAUUAAGCUAGGUGUUUCAAAAUUAAACGUAGAAAGUUGAACAACAAUAUCUUGUGUUUGCCAAAACCAAAGCCAAAACGCGAACGCUACAUUAGUUUUAAAAAUAACAAAAACAAAAAUAAAGAGUAGAUAAUGAACUAACUCACGGUAGUUUUCAGUGGGACCACUUACGCUUAUUGUUCUUGAAAUAACGGUAUCAAAUUUGAGCUGAACUUGUUUCGAAGAUACUGUAGCCAUACUCGAUGAUCGCGACACAACAGGUAAAUUUGUAAUAACAGUUAAAGUUUUAGACAAUGAAAAUGAACCCACUGUAAGAUGUUUAGGAAAAAUAAAUAUAUUAAAA